GAUAUGUUACAUUUUUGAUCUUCCAAUUCCCCAAGGCUUCCCGGAGCAGAAAAAUCCAUCCCUAUCACUUGGGAAUUUCACCAUUCCCAUUCCCCUUCUCUUCCUCAAAUGUCAGCUUAUUCUCUCUCAAUGGCUGCUGCUGCUGCUGCUGCUUCAGUUUCUUCAUCUCCACUCUACAACAAACACUUCUUCACUCAACAUCCCAACCAAAUUCCCUCUCAUUUUUCUCCAAAACACAACCAAUUGAAGCUUCUCAACCUCACAUUCCAUUCACCCAACUUUUACCCUCUUUCCUUCUCCUCUGUUUCUCAUCUCCACUGUGCGCCUCCUGCUUUCGAUGAGCUUGAAAUCUCCGACCCAGAAACAGAAUACGGACACAUACAAGAAUCGGAUGGUGAAGAAGAAACCCAAGAAGAAGAUGAACAAAAGGUAUCGGUAUCUCGUGAAGCAGGGAAGCUUUACAUUGGAAAUUUACCCUAUGCUAUGACUUCUUCCCAAUUGUCUGAGGUAUUUGCCGAAGCCGGUCAUGUGGUUUCUGUGCAGGUUAUAUACGAUAAAGUUACGGAUAGGAGUAGGGGAUUUGCGUUUGUGACAAUGGCAACUUUGGAGGAAGCUAAAGAAGCAAUUCGGAUGUUUGAUGGCUCUCAAAUCGGUGGUCGAACCGUUCGGGUGAAUUUCCCUGAAGUGCCAAGGGGAGGAGAAAAGGAAGUAAUGGGGCCAAGGAUAAGAAGCAGCUACAACAAAUUUGUAGAUAGUCCACACAAAAUAUAUGCAGGGAACCUUGGUUGGGGCCUCACUUCUCAGAGUCUAAGAGACGCUUUUGAAAACCAACCGGGGAUAUUGAGUGCUAAGAUCAUCUAUGAUAGGGCAUCUGGAAAAAGUAGAGGUUUUGGAUUUGUAUCUUUUGAAACUGCUGAGGAUGCAGAGUCUGCUUUGGAGUCCAUGAAUGGAGUGGAAGUUGAAGGGCGACCUCUGCGUUUGAAUAUUGCUGCAGGACAGUCCCCAAUUUCUCCAGCAGCAUUCCCAAGGACUGAGAAUACCAUUGACGGCAAAGAAUUGCUUACAAGUAUCAGUGCGUGAAAUCUGAUGUUGUGAGUUGGCUUGAAAAUUAAACUGAAACUGAAGGUUAAGGCAAAUUCUGCAAAUUGCAUACCUUCAGGUCUUCCCCGCAAUUCUCCCAUUCCUUGCUCAACGACCAAGGAAGACUAGAUUUUUUUCAUUGAGUGGUGUAUGUGAGUAGAGGGAAAGUGUGGAUGUGUUGCCAUAGGUUAACGAGUUUUUUUACGUAUGGCUGGGGAAUUGGACUGGAUGUACUAUGGAGUCUCUUUGCUGAGUUAAUACUACAAUAUAUUCAUCUCGCA